CUCACUCUCUCUUCUCUUGCCAAUAGAAGAAAAAUAAAAUAGUUAUGUUUAAUCUCGCUGCUGUGUUGGCGCAAAUCCCUAAAUUGCCGCCCUUGUUGAGUCUCGGAACUCAGCACCUUUCAUCUGGGUGGCGCAAUUCCAUUGGUCUAGUCUAAGAGAAUGGACAUUCCCUCCGACGACGUCGUGUUAAUCCAACUUGGGAACGCCCCAGGUCAGCCCACAGAAAUCAGCGUUAAUUGCCCCGACAAGGCCGGCCUCGGCUGCGAUCUCUGUCGAAUCAUUCUCGAGUUCGGCCUCUGCAUUAUACGAGGAGACUUUUCCACAGAUGGAAGGUGGUGCUAUAUAGUGUUGUGGGUUGAGCCCAACACGAGUUCUUAUAGAGUUGAUUGGGAAAGCUUGAAGAAUCGUUUGUUAUCUGUGUGCCCUUCAUGUUUGGGUUCGUAUUAUUUUACCCAGCCUUCAAGUAAUUCCUCGCAGCCUUCUCUGUAUUUGCUCAAGUAUAGUUGCCUUGACCGCAAAGGAUUACUUCAUGAUGUUACUAAAAUUCUUAGUGAGCUUGAGUUUACAAUCCAAAGAGUUAAAGUGAUGACAACCCCGGAUGGCAGAGUGGUGGACUUGUUCUUUAUCACAGAUGGAAUGGAGCUUUUGCACACAAAAAAGAGACGGGAUGAUACUUGUGAACUUCUAAUGACUGUUUUAGGCGAGUCUUCUAUCAGCUGUGAACUUCAGUUGGCUGGGCCGGAAUAUGAAUCUCUGCAGGGUUUCUCUUCUCUCCCACCAGCAAUAGAAGAAGAAUUAUUCAACCAGCUUCCCAAUAAGGAAGACUGCUUGCAAGCACUUAGCAUGCAGACAAUGACAGUAAACACGGCCGCCAUUAUAGUGGAUAAUAAAUUAAGCCCAGCUCAUACCUUGCUACAAAUUAAGUGUGCAGAUCAAAAAGGUCUCUUUUAUGAUAUUUUGAGGACUUCAAAGGACUUAGAUAUUCAGAUCGCUUAUGGUAGAAUCUCCUCAAGUGUGAAAGGCUACCGGGAAAUGGAUCUAUUUAUUCAGCUAACAGAUGGGAAGAAAAUUGUGGAUCCCAAGCAGCAGACUGUUCUGUGUUCUCAUCUGAAGGAAGGGAUGAUUCAUCCCUUGCGGGUGAUUGUCACCAACCGAGGCCCAGAUACUGAACUCCUGGUUGCUAAUCCUGUUGAACGAUCUGGAAAGGGAAGACCCCGUGUCUUUUAUGAUGUUACAUUGGCCCUAAAGAUAUUAGGAAUAUGUAUUUUUUCGGCUGAAAUCGGAAGACACUCAACUUCAGAACGCCAGUGGGAAGUUUACAGAUUCCUUCUGGACGAAAGUCCUGAGUUACCAUUAGCAAGCACGCGAGCUAGGAGUCAGAUUACGGAUAGAGUAAGGAAAACAUUGAUGGGAUGGUGAGCUGACUGCUGAGCCGUGUUAACUUAUAUCCGCAGAAAACUGUCUCAUAUUACAUUGUAUUCCCCAGUUGCUCGCCCACACCCUCUUGGUUGUUCGUUGGCCAGAUUGAUUCUGUCUGUCUAAAGAGUGUCAGUUUGGUGUUAUGGAUUAAAAAAAUCUCUGGUCACGCAGCAAAAGGCUUCUGAUUAUUUGAGACUUUCCCAAUUUGAAGUUAUUUGACAGUUUGGCUUUUGUAGGCUCUGAAUAUUGUAACUUAGUUCCAUCUAUGUAUGUUGCUUUUCCAAUAUCAAGAUAGAAUUGUCGUUCCCAA